UUAUACAUACCCCCUCAUUCUCUUUUUUUUUUCUCUCUCUCUCUCUCUCUCAAUUCUCAAAUCAUCACACAGACACAAACUCAAUUGCGCACUCACUCUACAUCAUCAUGGAUUGGUUCUCAUGGCUAUCCAAAACCGGCCUAGAGCCUUCGCUUGUGUACGAGUAUGGUCUUUGCUUUGCUCACAAUGAACUCGAGGAAGAAGACAUUCUCUACUUCAACCACGAGUUUCUUCAAAGCAUGGGAAUCUCCAUAGCCAAACACAGGCUAGAGAUCCUCAAGCUUGCUAGAAAAGAAAAGGGUAGACUAGCAAGUAGUGCUCCGCGGCCCAUGACGAGGCUUAUAGUGGCGAUCAAGAAGACCAAGAGGUGUUUUGCUGAGUUCGUACGGACGUGGACUCGCCGCAGUGAGGAUUCUUCAGCUCUAGCACUCGUUCCGAGGCCAAGUAAUUACAAGUCGAGGUUUAGAGGAGCCAUGCUGAAGAGGAACAAGAAGUUGGGGGCGACCAAACAAGUACAAGGCACCAGGUUGUUGCUCACAAAUGGUACAGCUGGUAAUAGUCCUGUGGUGGUUUCCGGGCAGCCUCACGGCGACGGUUUUUCGAGUCCGGUGGUGUACGAUGUUCGAAAGGAGGAGAAGAUGGACGCAGAUGAUGACGGGUACUGGUCUACCGGGGUUGAAGAGAUCAGGUGGGAUACCAUGUUCCAGGACUUGAAACCUACCUGAGGUUUUGUUCUAGUGUUUUGGUCAGUUUGUUCUUGAUUCUUCACUGUUGUCAUCUGUCUAUGAUGGUAAUUUUAAUGGUGAGGGAUUGGUUUUUGGUUCUUCCACCAUGGGAGAGUUUUGGCUUUGUUCAGCACAAGGGUUAUUUAGCUUUUCCAGUGUAGGUGGGUCAUGCAUUGGGCAAAAGUUUAAAUUCAAGGGUCGAGUCCAGCAAUGACAGGUUGUUUUGUAUGUGUCUCGUCUUUAUCUGUGAUUCUAAUUGAAAGCAGUAGUGUUUAGUGUGAUUGUGAAGAUAUGUAUUUACUAUAUUAAAUAUGAAAAACUACAGUAACAAGAAAUUGUAGAGAUAUUUGUUAUAUGAUAUAUCCGAACUUUCGGUGAACCUUCAUAAAACAUCUAUUUUAGACGUAUUUUCAGAGAGGCAAACAUGGCGACAAUUUGUCAAAAACUCAAAAUGGUACAACGAUAAUGUACUUUGUGUAACAAUUUUUGUUUUACUAUUAUUCUGUAAGUAGUCUUUGACAAGUCUUUGAAUAAGAUCCCGAGAAAGAUUUGUUGUA